AUGGACGUGGUCAAAGUAGAACUCGAUGCAGCGCAGCUCGCGCAGAGGGUUCUGUCCGGCCCCGGCCCCGGCCCCGGCCCCGGCUCCGGCGAGGGACAGCAACGGCGGCAGCUAGGAUUGAUUCUGGGCGUCAUUCCACGUCUUGACGCGCUGGGCCGUGUGCUCUUUCGCGGCAGGGCAGAGGCGGAAGAUGGCUCUCAGGACGGCGCUGACAGAGGUGACGCCAAGGUAGUCGCUGACACGGACGGUGGGUUGAGGAAGUUGAGCCAGAAGGCCAUUUCAUACUACGCUUCAGGGAGCGACGACGAAAGCACCAAGGUCGGAAAUGGCGCAGUCUUCCGCUCUAUCCUCUUGACACCACGAGUCUUCGCAGAUUGUAGCCGAUGCUCUCUUUCAACCAACAUCCUCGGAAUCCCUGUUGGAAUGCCCGUCUAUGUCUCGCCUGCGGCCAUGGCCAAGCUGGCCCAUGCUAGCGGCGAAGUGGGUAUCGCUGCAGCAUGCUCAAGAUUCCGGGGGCUACAGAUCAUCAGCAAAAACGCAUCCAUGUCUCCUUCCGCGAUUGUCCAAGCUAGACCACACGCGCAAUUAUACGUCCUGAAGGGCAUCGAGGCAACCGAACGAACUCUGGCGCAGAUCCGGGCCAUUCCUCAAAUCAAGUUCAUCGUCCUCACACUCGACGCGCCCUUCCCCGGCAAGAGAGAGGCAGACGAGCGGUUCAAGAUGGCCGAGGUCGCGGGGGGAGCGGCGUCUCAAUCGGGUCUGACAUGGCAAAAGGCGCUGGAGUGGCUCAUCAAGCAGACCUCGCUUCCGAUCGUUCUGAAGGGCAUCCAAACACACGAGGGCGCAUAUGCCGCGACCAUUUUCCCGAGCAUGAAGGGCAUCGUCAUUUCGAACCACGGCGGACGUGCGUUGGACACGACGAUGACGCCAGUUCAGGUGCUGAUUGAUAUCUUGAUCGACGGCGGCGUCAGGCGAGGGACGGAUGUCGUCAAAGCGUUGGCUUUGGGGGCCAAGGGCGUUGGCAUCGGCAGAGCGGCGCUGUACGGUCUUGCGGUUGGCGGACAGGCAGGGGUCGAGAGAGCGUUGCAGAUUCUCGGCGAUGAGAUAGUUACCUCGAUGAGGCUACUUGGAGUUGAGAGAGUUGACCAACUUGGGCCGAGACACAUGAACAUGGUUGGGCUGCAUUCGCGGCUCUAUGGCGGUCCACCAGGUCUUGAGGAGACAGAUGCAGAAUUGAGGUACAAAUUGUGA